CUAGUAACAAAUACAAUGUGUUCCAAAAUAUUAAAAAGUAGCGUUCUCCUACUUCAGAUAAGUUCUUUGUUAGCAGAUGUAGUUGUACAACUUCCAACUGGGCAAAUAAGGGGGCGUGAAGACACAACCAUCGAAAACAAGUCAUUUUAUGCCUUUCAAGGAGUACCAUACGCGGCACCACCAAUUGGAGAGCUACGAUUCAAGGUGCCACAACCUGUUGUAGAUUGGGAUGACACCCUCGACGCUACAAAGUUCUCCUCGACUUGUUUUCAAACAUCAACUAACGAUGAUAACGAAUCUGAAGAUUGUCUAUAUAUUAACAUCUAUACUCCUGAACUACCAAGUGAAGAUAACAAUGUUUCUUUACCAGUGAUGUUCUUCAUUCAUGGUGGAGGUUUCGUCGACGGUACCGCUGCUGACUUUGCCCCUGAUCUAUUUGUCAAUAACGACGUCAUUCUAGCUACAAUCAAUUACAGAGUGGGAAUUUUUGGUUUUAUCUCAACUCAAGAUGACGUAAUUCCCGGUAAUAACGGUCUUAAGGAUCAACGCUUCGCGAUUCAGUGGACCCACGACAAUAUACAUUUAUUUGGAGGAAACCCUGACAAAAUUACAAUUUUUGGACACAUCGCAGGGUCGGCAUCUUGUUCGUACCAACUUCUCAAUCAAGAGUCAAAUGGACUAUUCCAAGGUGCUAUUUUGGAAAGUGGUACCUUUCUAAGCCCAUGGGCCUACCAAAGACGAGCCCGCCAAAUCGCUUUUAAAACUGCUUCGUUUUUAAACUCCACGUUUGAAAACAGUGACGAUUCACAAGCUUUGUUCGAUUACUUGCUUACAGUUGAAGCUAGAGAUCUAGACGCUGCAGCGGAACAGUACCAUAAUUACAAAGAUGGACCCGAAGAUCUGGAAAUCUCUCAAGGUUUCUACUGGGCACCAAUAGUUGAAGUUAAAAAUCGUGACGCUUUUCUUACCAAGAAAAUGUACGGUUUGUUAGAAGCUGGAAAUGUUAUAAGAGUACCUAUACUUAUUGGAAUUACUUCUGAAGAAAAUAUAGGUUUCAAUCAAGAUGAAGAGGUACUACGUGCCAAAAUGGCAGCGUACGAUGAAAAUCUAAGCUGGAUCGUACCUAACGACAUGGUCAUUUUUGAUGAAACUAAGCGUAUUGAAAUGGGUGGCUUGAUUCGCGAUUUAUACACUGGUGGUGAACCACUGGCCGAUCACUUAGGAGAUGGUGUUAGAUAUUCUAGUGACAAUUCUUUCACUAGAUCAGUAAUCAAACAUGCGGAACUUUUUUCUAAAGUAUCGGAAACCUAUUUCUACCAACUUUCCUACGAUGGUGAAAUGCCUGGUGGUACCACGUAUUACGAAGGUGCUGAAACUGUAGGACAUGGUGAAGAUAUAGCCUACUUGUUUUGCUCCGGUGAAGAGUGUAGAGGUACUGGAUAUCCUGAAUCUGACACAACUACGAGACAACGUCUAAUUAAACUUUGGACGGAUUUUGCUAAAUAUAGAAAUCCAACACCUGAACCAUCAGAGUUACUACAGAAUAUCACGUGGCCGUUGUUGUCUAUAGAUGACGGUAAUUUUUAUUAUUUAGAUAUCAAUGAAACUUUGGAAAUUAAAAAUCAUCCUAAAGAAACUACCUACAACAAUUGGAAUGAUCUUUACGCUAGGUUGGGUUACAACGACUUCGAUACCUAUUAAUAGAAAAGAUUGUCUGUAGCUUUUCGACUACAUAAGUAGAUUAUGGCGUCAGCGCUUUUUAUAAA